AAAAAGAAAAACUGUUUUCGAAACAGUACCACCUACAGUUUAGCAACGCCGGCGUUGGCCUCAUUCACUAUAACCAAAAUCCAGUUGAAACAUAAUGCGAUAACCUCCGUACUACCGUGUCAAUAUAGAGGUAAGUUUGUUUAUAUAACGACGGGCUCAACGGUGUAGCAUCAGUGAGGUUAGCUUGCUAGCUUAUUUGUUCGAACGCAGCUAAUGCUAACGGCAAUUCCCGUACGUUUUUGCACACAAAAGGACAAACUCCGCUCUCAUACUAGUCAUUAUUCCCGUACUAAAGCGAUAACGGGAAAGGUUAAAGGCAGUCCUAUCGCCAAAAUACACGUGUUGGGUUUUAAAAUGUGUUAAUGUGCACAGGGGACGUGCUGUGAUUCGUUCGAGAUGAUUCAUAAACGCUACUUUUCACUUGUUUUGCUAUCAUGCCAGUAAUCAUGUCCUGUGUCCCCAAAAUACGAUAAACGAAUGACCGUAAAUGGUCUAUUUUUGGGGCCUUAUUAUUAAACAAGUUGGACGGCAUACUACUAAGAGAGAGGACGAUUACUGUGCUUUCUUAGGUGAUCAAAUAUGUAAUAGCUGCCAUGUAAUUAUUAUGGCUAACAUGAUUUGAUUGCCCGGAUUAAUACGUUGUCUAAGUGAUUCCAAAAUAUAGACUGAUGCAAUACGUAAAUUAACGAUAAGACAACACAAAAAUAAACGUGAUUCCUAAAGCCGAGUGGCUGCUUCACAAUCAAUGAAAUAGCUCACAGCGUUACACUAUUGACAGUCAACAACCCAAUGAAAUUUGACCCACUUCGGGUCCCCACCCACAGUUUGAGAAACUCCACUAGAGCAGUAUCGUUGCAUUCUUAUUUGCAGAUUUACACAAUUAAAGGUGAUAAACUGUGUACAAUGGUACAGUUUGAGCGGUAAAUUUGCAGCAUUAUGAUAUUAACUGUUUAUUAAAGGGAUAUACUGAUUAUCAUAUUCAGCAUUUUGAUGCAUAUCGGCAUCAGCCUUUAUUUAUUAUAUAAAACCCUAGGGGGGCCUAUUUGUUUAAGUUUUCAUUUAACUUUGUAAAAAGUGCUGACCCUCGAAGCUCCCUGCACCUUUUGUUAGAAUGUUAAAACAAAGAUGUCUAUUGUCUAAGCUUAAAAAAAACUUUAAAAUGUUGCAAGUGGCGUUUGCAGUUUUCAUAAAACAAUACAUUUUGUCAUGCAUGAAAAACUGUCUAUGACCAGACAGUAGAAUAUUAUUAACUAAUUCCCUGCCAAUGCCGUCCAAAGACGUCUUUCAGAAUCCAUCUAUUCCCUGCCAAUCCCGUCUAAAGACGUCAAUGCCGUUUUUUAAUGGGGAUGGGUGGGGGAGGGUCUUGUGCAGUUUACGUGUGAUCGUCAAGCCUCUGGAUAACUGCAAUGAGGAAUGGCACCCUGUAGAGGGCAGCAACAAUGCCUUGAGGUAAACAUCCCUCCCUCAGAGGAGGAGGAGGAGGCGGGAAGCAAGAGACUGAGAAAAGGCAAACAUAAUGGCGGAACAGAGAGAAGACAAAAUGAAAAAAAUCUAACAAAAAAGCUUUCGGUACUAGAAAUUAAUUGCGCCAAGGCAAGAAAAAUAUUCCUGCGACUGACAGGAAUGACGCCUUAGAUCUGGGUGUCAAACUCAAAUUCACAGUGGACCAAAAGGAAAAAUUGGGACAAUGUUGCGGGCCAAACUCAAUAUUUAAUGAAAAAUCACUGCGAUGUGCAUGUUUCCCUUCUAUGCAGAAAUAUAGCGUUAAAGUUUAGCAUAUGACAACAAACUUAAAUUUUGCUUAAACACUGAAUCUGGAAUAAACUAAAUUUAAUAUUAUAAAUAUGAGAAAUCAAAUUUGCGAUAAAAGACAUCAGUGGUAUUUGUUUGUUGUUUUGUAUUUAAAUAGAUAACAUGAAUUCUUCUGUCUUUCCAUCUUCUAUUUAUCUAUCUCCAACUACCUUUCUUUUUUAUGUAAAUCUUUUUUCAAAGGCCAACAACAAAACAACCCAAAAAAAUAAGAAUGUCCUUCAAUAAAAAUCCAAACUUCAAACUAUUAACAGUCCCUGCAUAGGAGUUGAUAAAGGGCAUUAAAAAAAAAACAAUUCAAUUAUGUUAUGUUCUUUGUUACAGCCACGUUGCUCCGCACAUGACAAACAGGUCUGUCUUUUACUUUCGUGAACAGACAAUCUGCCUCCCACCUGUCUUGGAAGUUAACCGUUUUCCAUCUUUUGUUUGGCCAUUUUUGGGAAGGGGAAGUGUAAAUUUGCUCGAGGAGACUCGUAGCAUAGUUGCUAACGAUUGCAACAGAAAGGGAAGGGGCGCUCGCCGGUCAAGACUGAUGGACCAACACACUAGCAAAGCAUUCUGGGAUUUGUAAUAUUAGUGGCACAUGUGCUGUAUACUGGCGGGCCAGCUCAAAUACACAUUUGAUAUGGUCUUGCGGGCCAAAUAUAAUUACAAAUUUGGCCCCCGGGCCUGAGUUUGACACGUAUGCCUUAGAUCGUGCGGGGGAAUAAAGGAUGACGCUCCGAGCCGAAUCGCUUUGUUGCAAAGCUAUCGCCCAAAAUGCCGGGCCAUAUGGCGACAUCAGCUGAUCGUCUGCCGACCAGGAUUUGAGUGAAUGGGAUCCGGAAUUGUCAGAUGAGUGAACUCCCUCUGGAUCGCCAGCCGAGCUUCAUGCCUCCGGAUGAUAUGGAGACGAAGGAGUUCAUCAGCCGCGAGUCAAACAUCUUUUACGAUUGCGACGAAGAAAAGUUAUGCAUGCAGCAGACAUUCGACCCCCAUUCCACUAUGCAGUGCAGAAAAAAGAAGGUCCCAGCCAUGGAGGAAGACAGUUCAUCUGUGACGGACCACUCCUCAGACGAAAGUGCCAAAGCGUUUGACAUUGAGUAUAUCGUAGAGUCCGAUCCCAGCGAUGACUUGACCCCCACUGAGCCUGAUGACGACAAAAAGCCCAAGAAAAAGCAACGCAAGAGCCACCCUUGCACCGUUUGCAACAAAAUAUUUGACAGGCUUUCCAAACUUAACAGGCACCAAUCUGUACACACAAGGCCAAAAACCUUAAAGACUCGCUAUACCUGUCUGCAUUGUGAGAAGACUUUCACAGAAGAAGAGAAACUGUUACGACACCAGGAUACCCACAACCGGACAAAGGAGCACCCGUGCCCCGACUGCGAUAAAGUGUUCAACAAGCCUUCCAGGCUAGCGCGGCAUCAACGCAUCCACGCCAGGAAACCAAAGGUGCCCCACCAGUGUUCCUUCUGCUCCAAGACAUUCGAUAAACUUUACAGGCGUAUCCGUCACGAGCGAAUGCAUACGGGCGAGAGGCCUUUCACUUGCUCCUUCUGUGGGAAGGGAUUUUCUGAGAUGGGUCACUGCAAAGCUCACGAAAAGACGCACCAGGACAAUCCGGAGAAGCCCCACCGUUGCCCCGACUGCGACAUGUCCUUCUUCAAGGCCUCGGAACUCGGUCGACACCAGCGCUCGCACACCGGGGAGAAACCUUUUCAGUGCAGCGAAUGUGACAGCACCUUCGCUCGUUCCGAGAGUCUGAAGAGACACAUGAGGAGCCACACGGGCGAGCGGCCGUACGUCUGCAUCACUUGCAGCAAGGGAUUUUACUCCCGUCAGGAUUUAAACAUUCACUUGCUGAUCCACUCGGGAGAGAAGCCCCACCUGUGCCCCGUGUGCGGCAAAGGCUUCUCGCAGCUGGGCAACAUGAAGGAGCAUGAGAAGAACGUCCACGUAAGGUCCGAGAAGUACGUUUGCAACGAAUGCGGGGCCACCUUCACCAGGUACAAGUCGCUGAACCUGCACCAGCGGGUGCACACCGGGGAGAGGCCUUAUCUCUGCCUGCCGUGCGGUCGCAGCUUUUCCUGGAGUCACUGCCUGAGCAGACACCGCAGGACUCACGCUCACAAGCAGAUGUUGAGCGACGCGGCCAAAGGCCUAGAAGAUUUUCAAGAACUCGUUGAGGAUCAGUGCAGUUGAACACUGAUCUGGCACUAGCCUCGCAAAACUGGUGCCAGACAAGCACUAACUUUUUGCUGACUGCUGUUAUACGUUAAGACCGGGCGGUGACAACAGGUCCCUGGCACGAACAAUCAAUUGCCAUAUUCAAGAAACCAGCGGACUCUCGUCACGCCUUGUUUUGUAAACACUACAGACAAACACGGUAACUUAUGGACAUUACAUUGGUGACUUGUUGACGUUAUAUAAGGUUGUGCCGCUCCGCCAGUGUAAAGCCAAACUGGUGUUUGGAACUUAGCACUGGCACCAGUUCAGCAUGAAAGUGGUGUACUUUGCCCUUGUUAACCAUAUAUUAAAUACAAUUAGGGGUUGGACUAGACCCCUUUGUUUCCCUUCAAUCAUACUAAUCAAGACAAUUCGGACAACUUUAUGUGGACGAUGUGAGUGUCUGAGUCUCGCGUAAUGUAUGAAAUACUUUGCGAACACCGACAGUUGCUUCCGACACAACAGAGUGGGAGAAGUGAGUGGCAAGUGUUUUUCGAAAGAAAUAUAGGGCUCCGUGUUUGCACAUGGUCUUUAAAGCCCAUGUAAAGUAAAUUCAGUGAUUUGUUUCUAAAUACAUGAUACAUGUUUGAAUUGCUGAAAAUGUGGAAAGACUGCUAAUUCUGAACAAACGUACUGAAUUGUGGAGCGUUAGACUGAUUUUCACCAUUUCAGUUUUCCUGAUGUUUGGGCGAGGCUAAAAUGGUGCCCAGGAACACACUUUGGUGUCAUUGUAUAGGUACAAUAAAACUUUGGUAGAGCAAGACUGCAGAUGUCUAAAAAAAUAAAAUAAAAUGCACAAGA